CAUCCGAGAAGAAGAAGAAGGUUCCGCCGACGAUGAAAGCCAACUGGUGACAGCCUUGUAACAAAGGGGGAAACGAACAUCACCCGGCACCUGCUAUGUUUGAGAGAUGCUGACCUCAUCUUACCAGUGAGCAUAGCUUGCCACCCCCACACCAGCCGUGACACGACAGCAGGACGAAGAUCAGGCCCGUCAUGGCUGCCAGGCAGCAGAAACCUGUAGCUGCUUCAGACGGCUCAGUGGAGGCCAAAAGGACAGACUUCAGGGCCAAUGAGAAGAAGUGCUCUUGGGCCUCCUACAUGACCAAUUCUCCGACUGUGAUAGUGAUGAUUGGGUUGCCCGCUAGGGGGAAAACCUACAUGGCCAAAAAGCUGACACGCUACCUCAACUGGAUUGGAGUGCCAACUAAGGUAUUUAACCUUGGAGUUUAUAGGAGAGAAGCAGUGAAGUCGUACAAGUCCUAUGACUUUUUCAGACAUGACAACAAAGAAGCAAUGGAAAUUAGAAAGAAGUGUGCUCUGGUGGCACUGGAGGAUGUCAAGGUAUAUCUGAAUGAGGAGGGAGGCCAGAUUGCUGUUUUUGAUGCCACCAAUACCACCAGAGAGAGGAGGGAUCUCAUCCUCCAUUUUACAAAAGACAGUGCAUACAAGGUGUUUUUUGUCGAAUCUGUAUGUGACGAUCCAGAUGUCAUCGCUACAAAUAUUCUUGAUGUGAAGGUGUCCAGCCCAGAUUACCCUGAGAGGAACAGAGAAAGUGUCAUGGAGGAUUUUCUGAAGAGAAUAGAAUGUUAUAAAGUGACAUACCAACCUUUAGAUCCGGACGAACACGACAAGAACCUGUCCUUCAUCCAGGUCAUAAAUGUUGGCCGUCGUUUCUUGGUCAACAGGGUGCAGGACUACAUCCAGAGUAAAAUAGUCUACUACCUCAUGAACAUCCAUGUGCACUCCCACUCCAUCUACCUCUGUCGACAUGGAGAGAGCCAUCACAAUGUGGAGGGACGUAUCGGGGGAGACUCUGAGCUGUCAGAGAGAGGGAAACAGUUUGCAGCAGCUCUGAAGGGUUUUGUUGAAGAGCACCAUCUGUCAGACCUGAAAGUUUGGACCAGCCAGCUGAGACGCACCAUUCAGACGGCAGAAGAACUGAGUGUUCCCUACGAGCAGUGGAAGAUCCUCAAUGAAAUAGAUGCUGGAGUGUGUGAAGAGAUGACAUAUGAGACGAUAGAGGAAACGUACCCAGAGGAGUUUGUCAUGAGGGACCAGGACAAGUAUCACUACCGCUAUCCAGGAGGAGAGUCGUACCAGGACUUGGUUCAGCGGCUGGAGCCAGUUAUCAUGGAGCUGGAGCGACAGGGAAACGUUCUGGUCAUCUGUCAUCAGGCUGUCAUGCGCUGCUUGCUAGCCUAUUUCCUGGACAAAAGCGCAGAUGACCUACCCUACUUGAAGUGUCCCCUGCACACUGUCCUAAAACUCACCCCUGUGGCUUAUGGUUGUAAAGUGGACAUGUUUGAUCUGAAGGUUGAGGCUGUCAACACUCACAGGGACAGGCCACUAAAUAAAGUCCAAACAGAUGUGCCGCCAGCUGUCCUCAGAAGGAACAGCUUCACUCCGCUGUCCAGCCAAGACCAGAUUAAACGUCCUCGUCUUUAUAGCGUGGGCAACCCUCCACAGGCCCGCAUGUCCCAGGCCCCCACUUUACCCAGCAUGCAGUUUUCUGAGGCGUCUGAGGGAGCAGAGUUGCUGCAAAGUGAGGACUCUCUGAACGGUUUCAGUGCAGCAGACACAGAUGACUGUGUUCGGAGUUAGAGAAGCACAAAGAGGAAUUUUCGGCCCUUUACUCAUCUGUCACGUGGAAUACGUGUACUCUUCUCCGCAAAUUCCUCGUAUCUUUGUUCAUACUAAUUACUUUACACUUUUCUUCACUUGGCUACAUCAGUUCUGAGGACCAGCAGUGAAAAUUGCAACCAGCUUCAGCCAUUAAAUUGUUGAGCACUGUGCCACACACUGUGUCUCACCCACUAUGUGUUGUCUGUUCAGUUUUUGUUGGAUAGGACAAUGUGUGUGUCAACAUGAAUGUGCACAUACACUAUGUACAAAAUGAACUCAAUGCCUUUUCAGAACAGCCUCAGAAACUGAGCUGUGAUCCACCUCAGAUAUACAAUGUAAAGACUUGUUGUGACUCUGAAAACUUGUCCAUUAGUUCCUACAGUAGUGCACUCGUCAUAUGAUGCUGUAUUAGAUAUAGAAAGUGUUGAUUGUGAAUCGUAUACCUCAGUGGAAGCUACUGCCUUCAGUUUUAGUGUAAGAAGGUGCCUCUCUAGAGGGAAGCUAUAUACAGCCUUAAUUUGUCCUCAGAUUCUUUCUGAUAAUUACUUAUUUUAACAUUCCCAGGUAAUGUGCAUCCUUCCACUGGUGAUCUGACAAGAUGUAGUAGUAAUUUUAUUCCAAAGUGUCAUUUAAGCAUAUUAAAUAUGAAUUUUAAUUUGCUGUGGGCAGACAUAAGCUAUAAAAAGUAAUGAAAUAUUUUGUGUAGCUCUAUAAAAGGUACAGCAGCUACAAUGUCUCUGUGCUUUUUCUCUGUGACAGUUAUUCCGUUCUUUUCGUCAAUGACGCCUUUCUGUACAUGUUUCCUUCUUCUCCAAUAACUAGCUUGAAUAUAUUCAGCCUCUCACUGUGAUAAUGUAAAGCCGAUCACAUUUGAACUCAACAAAAUUUAAGCAAAUAUUUCAACCACAAAGUGCUGAUAUUGAUAUUGAUGCUGGAUAUUAUGCUGAGCUUUAAUGCUGUUUAGUUUCUUCAUAAGGAAAAUAUUGGUUGUGUACUGCUGAUAGAAUAAUGAUACUGUGUGUUAAGUAUUGCCUUGAUAGUAUCCAUAUGGAUGACAUCCACUGAGACGACUUUAAUUCCUGAUCAUAAAAUAAAUUAUUUGGAAAAGUGCCUUUAAUUUGAAGGACUACAAGGCUGCGGCAAUAGAAAUCAAGAUACUGUACCUGAUGUGCAAAAUGAUGUUUCAUCUGAAUUGAAGGAUUGGCAAUACAUUUGAAUGUAAAACCUUUAAUGUUAUUGCACACUGUCAUGUACAUGUUUCAUUAAAUUAAGUAAGUUUUA